CUGAUAAGGACCGCAGACGGGUUUGCUUUAAAUGCGAAUUCCAGCCCAACUUAGAAACAGUAACGAAUAAUUUUUCGAAAUGGAAGUGUUCAGUAGAAGUGUAGUGCUUGUAUUUUUACUAGUGUUAUCAACACUGGUUAAAGGUCAGAAUGUAAUACUUGAUUGUAAUGGGAAGCACACAAUCUGUGUGGGACCCUUGCAUUAUUUACCAUGCGUGCAAAAUAGUAAUGGAAGAAUGGAAUCAGUUGACGGUCUUGCGCAGAUUUGUCCCGUGGGUACAGAAUGUUCCACUACGGGUCCAGAAAGCUGUGUUCCAACCAGCCAACAGCCAGUUUCCGAGACUGUUAUAGUGACCUCAGUUCAAACAGCAGACACUUCAUUGACAGAUACGAAUGCAAUUCAAACGACAAGUACUAUACAACCAGCAGACGCAGCUUCACCACCAGCUCCUGACAAUAAAGAAGUCCAGACCCCAGAAGCUCCAGCGAUUACCCCAGAUGCACAACUCCAGGAAAUUGUUCCGGAAGCAGUUGAGGUACCAGCAAGCAUCGCUGCUCCAGUUGAAAUUCAAACAGAAGUGCCAUUGACCGUUGAACUAUUGACCACUACGGAACUACCUAUUGACGUUCCUGUUGCACCUACAGAGGUGCCGAGCAUCAUUGAAACAAUGACCGAUCCGCCAAUUGAUGCUGCUCCCGCUGCAAUAGUAGCGGAUGUUGCUGUAGAACCUAAUAUCAUAGGUUUCAGUGAGCAAACUGUAGAUGUUGGCGUAGAGAUUCUUGAUCCCCAACAGGUUACAACUGAAAUCCCUAUCGACAGUCCUAUCGAAACAACUGAUUUGGCUACAGACAUACCCGCUGAAACUACUGCAGAAAUUAAGAUCGAAUUAACUACGGUUCCUCCAGAGAAGAUUUCAGGUCCAGAGACAACGGCUCAGGUACAAGUAGCACUUGAAGUCGGAAUCGCUGACCAACAAUUAAUUGGCGAUGCCACAGUCGCGGAAGUUAUGACCGAAAUACCUGCUCAAGCGGUGAUAUCCGAUAUUCCGGCAUCUGAAGUAAUUGUUGAAGCUCCUGUACAGGAAAUAGUCGUGGGAAGUCCAACUCAAGAUGUUGUUGCCGAAAUUCCAGCUCAAGAACCAGCCAUUAUCGUUUCAGUUCCUGAAGCGAUCGUUGACGCCCCCGCUGAAGCAGUUAUCGUUCAGGAAAUUAUUACUGAAAUUCCAACUGAAAUCGCGGUUGCUGAUGCCCCUGCUGUACCAGUAGUUGCCAGAUUUUCACCACAAGAUAUUAUAGCUGAUAUUGUUCAAACCGAUGCAGUUGUAGUUGAGACUGCAACACCUGCCCAAGAUGCACCAAUUGAGGCUGUAACAGAAGCUGCAAUCAGUGAGGUUCCAGUUCAAGAGCUGGUUAUUCCGGCACAAGAGAUCGGUGUGGAAGUUCCAGUACAAGAGUCGGUUGUUCCAGCACAAGAGAUCGGUGUGGAAGUUCCAGCCCCAGAGACUUUGGUCGAAGCUCCUGCACAAGAGCCGGUUGUUCCGGCUCAAGAGAUCGGUGUGGAAGUUCCAGCCCCAGAGACUUUGGUCGAAAUUCCUGCACAAGAACCAGCUGUUGUUGUUUCAGCUCCAGAAGUGAUUGUUGAUACCCCGACCGAAGCAGUUAUCGCUGAAGAAAUCAUUACUGAAGUUCCAACUCAAUCCACAGUUGCGGAAGUCCCUGCAGAAUCAGGGGUUGCUAGAUUUUCUCUUCAAGAUAUUGUUGCUGAGGUAACCCCAAGUGAAGCAGUGGUGGUUGAUGCUGCUGCUCCAGUCCAAAGUGUUACCGUUGAAGCGCCAGUCCAAGUGGUUAUCAGUGAAGUUCCAACUCAAGAGGCGAUUAUUCCGGCAGAAGAGAUUGUUGUGGAAGCUCCAGCCCAAGAGGCGAUUGUUCCAGCAAAGGAGAUCAUAGUGGAAAUUCCAGCUCAAGAAACUUUAACCGAAGUUCCAGCACAAGAAGCAGCGGUUGCUACUGGAGCUUCAGAAGCGAUUGUUGAUUCUCCCACCGAGGCAGUUAUAGUCGAAGAAAUCAUUACUGAGGUUCCAACUCAAUCCAUAGUUGCCGAAGUUGCUGCUGAAUCAGGAGUGGCUAAACUUUCUCCUCAGGAUGUAACCCCAAGUGAAGCUGUUGUGGUUGAUCUCGCUGCUCCGGUCCAAAGUGUUACCAUUGAAGCUCCAGCGCAAGUGACAAUCAGUGAAGUCCCAGCUCAAGAGGUGGUUGUUCCAGCACAAGAGAUCGUAGUUGAAGUUUCAGCUCAAGAACCGAUUGUUUCGGCGCAAGAAAUCGUUGUGGAGGCUCAAGCUCCAGAAACUUUAACCGAAGUUCCAGCACAAGAACCGGCAGUUAUUGUUUCAGCCCCAGAGGUUAUCGUUGAUAUCCCCACUGAAACAGUUAUUACCGGAGAAGUUCCCGCUGAAUCAGGAGUUGCUAGAUUUUCUCCUGAAAUUGUCGCUGAAAUAACUCCAAGUGAAACAGUUGUGGUUGAAGCUGCAGCUCCAGAUCAAAGUGUUAUCGUUGAUGCGCCAACCCAAGUGGUCAGUGAAGUAUCGGCACCUGAAGUGAUUGUUCCGGCACAAGAGAUCGUUGUGGAAAUUCCAGCUCAAGAAACUUUAAGCGAAGUUCCUGCAAAAGAACCAGUGGUAGUUGCUGCAACCCCAGAAGCGAUCGUUGAUGCUGGCACUGAAGCAGUUAUCGUCGAACAAAUCAUUACUGAAGUUCCAACUGAAUCUGUAGUUGCAGAACUUCCUACUGAAUCAGGGGUUGCUAAGCUUUCUCCUCAAGAUAUUGCUGCUGAGGUUACUCCAACUGAAACAGUUGUGGUAGAAGCUGCUGCUCCAGUCCAAAGUGUUGCUGUUGAAGUGCCCGUCCAAGUUGGUAUCAGUGAAGUUCCAGCACCAGAGGAGAUUGUUCCAGCUCAAGAGAUUGUUGUGGAAAUUCCUGCACAAGAACCAGUGGUUGUUGUUGGAGCCGCAGAAGCGAUCGUUGAUACUCCCACUGAAGCGGUUAUAGUCAAAGAAAUUAUUACCGAGGUUCCAAUUCAAUCUACAGUUACCGAAGUAGCAUCCCAAUCAGAAGUCGCUAUACUUGUUCCUCAAGAUAUUACCGCUGAGGUAACUCCAAGUGAAGCAGUUGUGGUUGAUGCUGCUGCUCCAGUCCAAAGUGUUACCAUUGAAGCUCCAGCGCAAGUGGUAAUAAGUGAAGUACAAGCUCCAGAGGUAAUCAUUCCAGCACAAGAGAUCACUGUUGAAGUUCCAGCUCAAGAAUCGAUUGUUCCGGCAGAAGAGGUCGUUGUGCAAGUUCCAGCUCAAGAAACUAAAAUCGAAGUUCCUGCUUCAGAACCAGUGGUUGUGGUUGCAGCCCCAGGAGCGAUCGCUGAAACAGUUAGCGUGAAAGAAAUCACUACCGAAGUCCCAACUCAGUCAACGGUUGUUGCAGUUCCUGCGGCAGUCAGUGGUUGCAAGACUUUUCCCUCAAGAUUUUAUCGAUAAAGUGACAACAACAGGAACAGUUGUGGUUGAUGUUGCUACUCCAGCAGUUGAAGUUCAGCCGAAGGAAGUUAGUGCUGAUGCGCCCGAUCAAACUGUUCCGGAUACAGGAGUGAUUACUGAUAGCUCUGUU